AUGAGUCGAGCUCACCCGCGCGCCGGCCGCUUCCAGCCAGCCCGCGAAUUGCAUGUAGUCGUCCUCGGUGCGGGAGGCGUAGGCAAGUCAUGCCUCACAGCUCAAUUUGUCCACAACGAGUGGAUAGAGAGCUACGACCCAACCAUCGAAGAUACUUACAGGACCCAGAUCAAUGUCGAUAACCGGCAAGUUGUCCUGGAAAUCCUCGAUACUGCGGGGACGGAGCAGUUUGUCGCCAUGAGGGACUUGUAUAUGAAGACUGGUCAAGGCUUCCUUCUCGUUUUUAGUAUCACCUCGGGCUCAUCUUUGGGAGAGCUAGCACAACUCCGCGAGGAGAUCAUCCGGAUCAAGGAUGAUGAGAAUGUCCCAAUCGUGAUUGUUGGGAACAAGGCCGAUUUGGAAGAUCAACGGGCUGUUCCUAGAGCCAGGGCUUUCAGCAUCUCUCAGCAAUGGGGCGCUCCCUACUAUGAAGCUAGCGCGAGGACACGAAGGAACGUGAACGAGGUCUUCAUAGACCUUAGUCGUCAAAUGCUGCGGAAAGAUGAUCUUUUAGAUGAUGGCCUUGACGACCGCGACGACAAGUACGAUGCCGCCCACCGGAUGGGAAGACGGCGAAGAAAGAAGAAGAGGAAGGAGAACUCUCCCCGAUGCAUCAUCCUCUAG